CACACAGAAGAAGAGGAACCGAAGCUUACGUCCGACGAGAGAAGAGAGGCGAGGAAGGGAAUGGAGUAUACGAGGGACGAGUACGGCAACCCGAUCCGCACGGACGAGUACGGCAACCCGCUGCCGGUGAACCAAGGGUAUGGAAUUGGCGCCGGCGCCGCCACCAAGGAGCAGCACCACUGUGGCGGCACCGGUGGUCUUCACCGCUCCGGCAGCUCCAGCUCGUCUGAGGACGAUGGGCAAGGGGGUCGGAGAAAGAAGAAGGGAUUGAAGGAGAAGGUCACGGAGAAGCUGCCGGGUGGGCACAAGAGCGAGAAGGUGCACAAGGAGCCGGAGACCGGCACUGGCACUGGAGAACAGCACGAGAAGAAGGGAUUGAUGGAGAAGAUCAAGGAGAAGCUGCCCGGCCACCACAAGGAGUAGAUCAGCUGACAUUGUAGUCGUAAA